GACAGCCGCGGCAGAAAGGGGGCGGCCGCGCCCACUUCCUCCGCUCCGCCGCGGCCGGAGGAUCGGCACCAGGAGCUGCGCCUCCAGCUGUCGGCCGCUGCUGCUUCGCGACGGUGCCCCGCUGCGGAGAGGCGGCUCCGGCCGCGACCCCUCAGGGCGCUCCGGGGCCCGCUGCGCUGUGCGUGUCCCGGCUGCGGAGCGCUCCGACCGUCCGCAUGGACGCGGCGCUGAAGCGGAACUGCUCGGAGGAGCCAGCCGAGCUCCCGUCGUCUGCCAGGGACUUGGAGGAGGAGGAGGAAGAAGAGGGGAUGAAGCAGGGGCUGGAGGAAGAAGAAGAGGUGGACCCCCGGAUCCAGGGAGAACUGGAGAAGUUAAAUCAAUCCACGGAUGAUAUCAACAGACGGGAGACUGAACUUGAGGAUGCUCGUCAGAAGUUCCGCUCUGUUCUGGUGGAAGCAACGGUGAAGCUGGAUGAACUGGUGAAGAAAAUUGGCAAAGCUGUGGAAGACUCGAAGCCCUACUGGGAGGCUCGGAGGGUGGCGAGGCAGGCUCAACUGGAAGCUCAGAAAGCCACUCAGGACUUCCAGAGGGCCACAGAGGUGCUCCGUGCUGCCAAGGAGACCAUUUCCCUGGCCGAGCAGCGGCUCCUGGAGGAUGACAAGCGGCAGUUUGACUCCGCCUGGCAGGAGAUGCUGAAUCACGCCACUCAGAGGGUCAUGGAGGCGGAGCAGACCAAGACAAGGAGUGAGCUGGUGCACAAGGAGACAGCGGCCAGGUACAAUGCUGCCAUGGGCCGCAUGAGACAGCUGGAGAAGAAACUCAAGAGAGCCAUCAACAAGUCCAAGCCUUAUUUUGAACUCAAGGCAAAGUACUAUGUGCAGCUUGAGCAACUGAAGAAGACCGUGGACGACCUGCAGGCCAAACUGACCCUGGCAAAAGGGGAGUACAAGACUGCCCUGAAGAACCUGGAGAUGAUUUCGGAUGAGAUCCACGAGCGGCGGCGCUCCAGUGCCAUGGGGCCUCGGGGCUGCGGCGUUGGGGCUGAGGGUAGUAGCACGUCUGUGGAGGACCUGUCCGGGAGCAAGCCGGAGCCGGAUACCAUUUCUGUGGCUUCCGAGGCCUUUGAAGAUGACAACUGUAGCAACUUUGUGUCUGAAGAUGACUCAGAAACCCAGUCGGUGUCCAGCUUCAGUUCAGGACCAACGAGCCCGUCUGAGAUGCCUGACCAGUUUCCUGUUGUGGUGAGGCCUGGCAGCCUGGAUCUGCCCAGCCCUGUGUCCCUCUCAGAGUUUGGGAUGAUAUUCCCAGUGUUGGGCCCUCGAAGUGAAUGCAGUGGGGCCUCCUCCCCCGAAUGUGAGGUAGAACGAGGAGACAGGGCAGAAGGGGCAGAGAAUAAAACAAGUGACAAAACCAACAACAACCGGGGUCUCAGCAAUGGCACUGGCAGUGGUGGCAGCAGUAAGAGCCAAAGCAGCACUUCCCCGGAGGACCAGGCCUUGGAGAACAGGAUGACGCAGCUCUCUCUCCAGUGUGCAAAGGGAAGAGACAGGAUUAUCGCUGACAUCAAGAUGGUGCAGAUUGGCUGAUCCACCCAGGGCCCUGGCCGCGUGCAUAUCAAUAUUUAUACAUGAAAUUGGAGGACAUUGUGCCAAUAGUCAUUUACUAUAUGCCAAAUCUUAAGCAUUUACUCUAAACUGCACUAAAGAGAUUUCAGUGACCUUGAGGGCUGAAGAUUUUUCUUCUGGAUAAGAGUUCUGAGGCUGGUUUGUUUUUCAGAUCAGAGGAGUUGUUGCAGGUAGACUAUGACCAAGUCCACAGCCUUUGUGGAACAUUCUGUGUAACAGCGUUGUGGAAGCAAUAACUAUAACAGUUCCUAUGAAAGAACCAGAGCCAGUAAGAGAGCUGAGGAGCUAAGCCAAAGUGCGGGCAACAGCUUGCUUCUCUUUCCCUUUUCUCACCCUCAAUUUGGAGAAAAUGGAGCUGUUCUCUCCAGGGUUUCCUAAUGAAAUAAAAAGUGGCCACACACACAAAAAAUAGAAGUUCAAACAUCCAGAGCACACCUUUUUGAAGGCUUACCAAAAAAAAAAAAAAAAAAAUCCAAGAACACACUUCAUUUUCAUCACCUCUGGUGUUCAGAGGGGCUUUUACAAAGUGUUAUGCCAGGCCACUCAUUUUCUAAAAAGGUUACCAUGAACUGCACUUUUGGGGUGGAAAAGAUGAAUGCUGGUGUCAGGGCUGGGGUGGGGGUGGGGGACAUGGGGAGCAGAGAAAUAUCAUAGAAAGGGAUUUGUGGCUGUGGGAAAGAAGGUUCUAUAGCAUAAACCUUAUCCUGCCAGCCAAAGGGAUUUAUUCUAUGAGAAGUGCAUGUGAAGAAUGGUUGCCACUGUUACUAGAUUGACAAAGUGUUCAUUUCUCUAGGUUGUAACUUUAAAUUACUUAAGGGUUAUGCUGUACUAGUAUUCCUUAGAGGAAACCGUUUCUUAAAGCUAGGAAAGGGAGUAGGCAUGUGCUGGCAAAGGCUGUUACAUAGAAGCAAUGGAGUCUGUUAUGCUAAUAGUGCUAAGACUGCUUUUCUUUAAUGUUUUCAUGGUUAUGCACAUUUAGAACAAUAUUUUAUUUGCCCUCUUUUGUUAAAAAAUUUUGCAUUUCUAAAAAAAAUCAACCCCCUCUGAAAUUGUUCUGUCACAGCUUGUAUAUUAAGUCAUUUGUAAAUCUCUUCAUAUAGUAGUAACUUUUUUUUGACUGAUACAGUAUCUUAAUUACAAGAUUAUUUUGUACUUGUCCUAAUACCUUGAGUGUAAUAAAAACAGCUUAAGAAAA